AUGGGAGUACUGCGGUACGCUCUGUUGUGUGGGUUUCUUCCUUUUGAUGAUGACAAUGUGAUGGCACUCUACAGGAGGAUAACAGGAGGACCGGAUGUUAGCAACCUAUCUCUUGAUUCAAUCCAGGAAGGUUCGUGGCAAGCGCAUCCACUUAAGAAUUCCAUCACAAACGACGUGCCAGUACAGCACAGCCAGCAAGCCAGGGGGUGUCAUUCUGUGGAUUUAGAUCUCAACCUAGCUCAUGUGGAGAGCAGCCAAAAGAAGAGAAAGGCCAAACGACUUGGAAGUCUUCAAAGAGGCCUGGAUAAAGUGAUUACGGUGCUUACAAGGCAAAAAAGGAAGUGAUUCAGCAGACAUGGGCCAAGAAAACUUAAGGCACACUAUGAUGUUACCAUGACUCAACUACUGAAUCCAGACCAAGUGCUGAAUGAAAUAAUCUCUGUCCUUUCAAAGAUGGGCUACACCCUGAAAUGCCAAACAAAGCCAGAUUUUGGCAAAGAAUCUAUGAAGUUUGAGCUAGAAGCGUGUCAGCUCAGUAAGAAUGAAGCAGUUGGUAUCAGAAGACAGAGGCUCAGAGGGGAUGCGUGGGUCUACAAGAGACUGGUGGAAGACGUUUUAUCCAGCUGCCAAGUGUGACUGCUGCUCAGAAAGCCACAAUGCUGUGCUGAGACUUUGAUCAUUAUUUUAGAAAAAUCACUUUGGAAAUGUAAUUUGUGAUCUCCUUCACGGCUGUAUUUCAGAAAUCUUGUCAGCUAUUACAGUUUUAACCACCCCCUUUGUGUAUAUGCCCACUGCAUGUUUCCUUUUCUUACAAAAACUGUCAACUUUUCCUACACGUUCUGCAGAUGUAGCUCGACUGAAAUAAAAUUCCUUAAACUACCCCAUUUUUCA